AUGUACGACGCCUGGGAGGUAUCCCUUGAGGAGCUGGAGAACCAUCUAGUGGAGCUGAGGGAGAAAGGAGGUAACCUGAGAGGGAUCCUGAGGAGACUCCUCCUGGUCCAUACUACAAACAAUAAUUUUGAACGAUCAAUGGAGUUGAAGAAGGAGUUUGAUGAGGCUGGUUAUGAACCAACGGGGGCCAUCUUUGCCUGUCUUAUGAACGUGUGCUGUAACCAAGGCAAAUGGACUGAAGCCAUGGAGUUGAAAGAUCAACUGCUCAAGUUUGAUCCAAGUUUCAAGUUAGACAUCUCCAAGUAUCGCCAUUUGAUCUGCUACCUGGCCAAGAAUAAUCAACUCCCAGAUGCUUUGAGCAUGGUACACGAGAUGAAAGAACUUGCCGUUGAAACGGAUCGGAUGGAGAAGCAAACGUUUCAUAUGCUGAAUGAACUAGCAUCUGACGGACUGACUGAAGAGGUGGAACGCAUCUUUGAGACGAUGGUGGAGCUUGAUCUGGUGAAGCCUAAUAAUAACCUUGUGGGACCCAUUGUCAGCGCGUACAUGGCCAAGAAUGAUUUGGAAGGAGCGUUGGCAUGUAUCCGAGACUGUCAAGCGAAAUACAGCAUCAUGCCUCACUUUCAAGAUGUCUUGGUUCGUCUGGUAGAAGAGGGCCAUACAGACCAGCUUCAAAGAGCAAUGGACUUUGCAAGCCAGCAGCAUGGUGAUAUUAACAUGCUGUAUGACCUCAUCUUUGCAUUCUGCACUUCGGGAAAAUACAAAGAAGCAAUGAAACUAGUUGAGACCCCUGGUAUGAUUGCAAAGAACAAGCGUAUCCAAUGGUAUGCUGAACGUUGUAUCGGAGCUAAUAAUAUGGAGGCACUGCAACAACUGACAGCCAUCACCAAAGACCUGUAUGCUUGUGAUAGGGACCAGAUGUACUUCUAUCUUAUUCAGUUGCACACUCGUAAUAAUGAUGUUGAUAAAUGUCUUGAAGUAUGGACUACUAUGCAAGAGGAGGGUGUGGUACCUAGAGACAGAACAAUGCGUUAUCUUGCCAAUGUACUACGAUCAUAUGACAGACCUAUACCAUUCGAUGUCCCAAAGCUCACUGCUGAACAGCUUGACAAUCAAGAACUUAACACCACUGAGAAGAUAGAUAGAAUCUUGAAAGCAGGAAAUAUUGAAGGAGCAGAGGAGCUUUUGAAGGAAACUCUUGCGAGUGGGAAGGAUGUUGGUUCUGGUGUCUUUGACAGGGUCAUUUUUGAGAUGCUCAAGUUGGGUCGUAUUGAUGAUGCUCUCACUGUCAAAGAUUUAGGUGAGAAAUCAUGUGACUUUAAGAUGUCCAUCAUACUCACCAACAAACUUCUCAUUGAGUAUAUCAAGAAAGGAGAUAUAGAAAAUGCAGAAAGGUUACUAGACCAGACGUUAGAUUCAGGGGAGGUCCCCAGGCCAUCUGGAAUCAGAAUGCUGUGUGAGAGAUAUGAACAAGAUGGACUCUUAGAUACACUCCUAACUUUGAAGGAAAAAUAUGAGGAGAGAACGCAGUCUCGCUUUCCUAUCGGCAAAUCGGUCCUUGGGGCUUAUAUUGUGAAGGGUGAUGUAGGAGGUGCAGUGUCGUACAUAGAGAAGGAGCUUGAGGAGGAUCCUAAGAGGUCAAGACGGAUUGGUAUGAGGUCAUUCUUUGGUAAACUUCUUCAGAAGGAUCAGCCAUUGGAUGAGGUGUAUGCAAUGGUGGACAGAUUAGUAGCUAAAGAUAUAGAAGGACCAGCAUGGCAGCUUCUGUACUCUCAUCUAGACAACGGCAAGACAGACGGAGCCAGAGAUGUCAUUCAGAGAUAUGAUGUGAUCAGGGAGAAGUCAUCAGGUUUAAUAGGAUAUGCCAUAGAGAUGGUAGGAUCAGACAGUGAUGUGGAGGAGAAGAUUGAACAAGUCUUGGAAAUCACCAAAGACCAGGAUUAUCUUGAUAGAUCAAAGAUCUACUUCUAUUUACUCAAAGCACAUGACAACCAGAACAACUACCAGGGUGGUUUGAUGGUGAAACAGAAGAUGGAAGAAGAAGGCUUACACAUGAGUGACUUCAUGCUCAAGAGACUAGCUUUAUUACUAACCAAGACUGGUCAACCAAUCCCAUUUGAUGAACCACCAAAUCCCAUCUCAUUUUACCGAGAGAAGCUGAGACUGGAAGGAAAAGACAACCUACCUGAGAUCAAAAUCGUAGAGGAUGAGAGCUGAUGUUAAAAUUAAUUUAAAAAUGAACUCUAUAUUCUAUCUGGAUCAAAAAGAAGAACAUGAGGAUGGAGCGUGACAGGAGACAGAGGGUCAGCUACGGGGCACCUGUUCAGCGACUAGUGGUUGAUUCUACCAAAUGCCAGGGGUAGUUGAAGUAGAAAGAGAUUUAUAGAUUGUUUUUAUGAUUUUGUAUGUUUUAUACAUCAAGAGUUGUAUUUUGAGAUUUAUUUAUUGUACUUUGAUUUGACAGUGCAGUACUUAGGAUGUUGAACUUGUCUUUUGUACCCAUGGUGAUUCUAUUCAUGCUGAAGAGUUCCAUGUGAUUGUUUGUUACACAAAAAAUUCACAGGUGAGAUUUUCUCAGUCAUGAUGCAGUGCACACAGGGAUAUUUACAAUGGAACAACAGUGCAAAGUGCCAAUGCCUAAUCAUUGUGAAUACCUGCAAUACUCUCAUCACCUUUAACACUACAAACCUAACCUGUGCAUUAUUUGUUUUAUAAAUGGUUAGGCACUUUGCAUUUAUAGUGGACAAAUUUAUGGUUCAAAUCCCUCUAUUUUAUAAAUUGCACAGAAUAAGAGCUUAACAACUGUUUCCUAUUGUGACAUCACAAGUAUAGCCAUAAACUAUGAUAUACACCUCAAUGAGCUCACCGUUCCUUGCUAUAUCCUUCUCUUAGAAAGAAGGUGCAUUUCAAGGCCUAUCUACAUGAUGCAUUGCUGCAUCCAAAAUGCUCAAGUGUCGCACCCAAAAUGCACAUCUGGAGGGUUGACUAGAAUUGAAACAACAUGCGAUUGCCUAUGCAUUGGCUACUUGCUCCAUCUGUUUUUAUAGAAAAUUGUUAAGAAAACUUGGAGUCAUGCCUAUUCAACAUAAAAUACCCGAAAAGUAAUUACGGUGAGUUUUGGUAGACCACCAAACUACACAACUCUGAUAUAUUAGGUUGAAAUAAAUUAUGAUGUAGAUAGUUUGUACUCUGUGGAAUAUCAAAAAUAUCUGUAUAUGCGAUAUCUUUAUACAAAGUUUCCACUGUGGCAUUAGAUGCAGUACUGAUAUACAAGAUGCAUUUCUUCUUUUUGCAGAGUUACCUAAGUGUAUUUAAUUCUAAUGCAGUUCAUGUGUUUUUUGCAAACAUUUUUCAUAUUUGUCUCACAAAUAAUGUGAUCAAUCACCUUAGGCUUAAUGAUAAUAAUGAUAACAAUAACAGGCAUUUAUAUAGCGCCAUCUAUCUAUAAAUAUUCUAUUCCGAGGACCAAAUGUUACUUUUGGGAUGAUGAAUCAGAGGACAGUUAUAUAUAUCAAUACUCUUCUUGAUUUCAACAGACAAAUAUUAUUGCUUACAUAGGCAAUUCAAUACGUUGGGGCACCAUUUAUCAAUUGUGUACUCCUUCAUUGCUGUGUUGAAUCAAUGGAUAAUGUGAUCCCAUUCAUGCAUUAAAUCCUAUGGAGUCUAGGUCUACAAAGUGAAUUAGUGAACUCCUAUUUCAUGAUAAAGUGAAUGGUCAGGUAUUGGUCAGUUUAAGGUCAGAAAUCCUUAGUAUAAUGAGACUUAGCACUUCAUCAUUUACUUAUAACACUAAUGGAAUUCGUUCAAUUUGGAAUUCAUUCAUUUGUUAGAUGUGUACUGAACUGGGCAUAUUUGUGAUAAGAAUGCUUGGUGUUUCUCUGUUUGGGAAGCUGAAAAUGAAUUCAGAUCCUUGUGUUCAAAUGUCUAUAUUGCAUCAAAUAAGCAUCAUCAUCAAUUAUAACCUACGCAAUUAACAGGCAUGGAAUAAGGGAUUGCAUUAUUUGUAUUUAUUUAACAAUUUCUAAGUAUAGAUUGGAACAUUUACAUCAUUAAUAGUAAUUGUUAUUCUGUUACACAUUGAAUCAUUAGAAUCUUAAAUGAUUCUCAUAGUUGGGUUGAGUGAUGAUUAAACCUUGCUAGAAUAUCUCUUUGAAGUUGUCUUACUCAAAGAGUAAGAAAGCUGGUAACAAUUAAAAGCCCACAUUUAUAUAUGUUUUCAUGAUACCACCUUGAAACUUUGUUUCAUGCCAUACCUCAAAACAUACUUCUCAUUCAGUAAUAAAUGAAUAUAUAAUCACUGAUUCAUAAUUCAUGAGGGUGGGUUAUAAUGAUAUAUAAUGAUAAUGAUAUAUAUAAUGAUAGGAAGUGUCUCAUCGUUUAUAUUCUUGCAGGUUGUGUAUUCGAGUACAUUGAUGGGUCCACUUGUUGUAUUUCUAUGAAAUCUAUCAAUUCUAUGCAUUUGUCUCCUGUAAUGCAAAGAGUAUAAAUACAGGGAUUAUGCCAAGGUAUUCUUAUUUUUAUUUAUUUGAUUUUUUUAGCAGGGAGGGGGCAAGACUCAAGAAGUAAUGUCAUAAUAAAAUCACAAGGAGAAGACAGUCACCUCCCCCCUCCCCUUUGUGAUGCCUCCUCUAUUCAGUAUGAUUACAUUGGAAUCUCUUUGGUAUAAAUCCUUCUGGAACCGGGACAUUACCUUGUUAUCCCAUGUCUACAUAACAGUAGAAAACAAAGAAAUGGACUUUAUAAAAUCCAUUGUGACAUUGUUUCACCAUAUUUUCUUUACUCUGAAUGUUGAAUUGGCCUGUCACAUAUUGAUGGUCUAGUAUCAUGUGGAAUUUGAAACCAUUAAGAUUCAAGACCUGAUAGCAAAUACUGUAAAUCAACCGAUUCAGCUGUGUUUUAUUACCAAUGGAGGCUUGUUCCUCACAACCUGUAUACAUAAAUGUGUAUGCUUUACAGCACAUGAUUAUAUAUAUUGUCUAUGAGCUCCAGGGCUUUGUGCAGUGUACCCAAAGUGGUUGCAAGCUGCCAUUAAAAUCCACUGCACCUGCAAGUGAAUACCAAGUC